UGUAAACACACGUGCGUUCUUGUGAGUUUUGAAAACGAUUUAAUAGAAGACGGGAAUUUAUAUUUGGAAGCUUAACAACAUUCAAGAAAAUGAGUGAAACUAGUUUGUUAAACUUGUUUAAUUUCCUAAAUGUGGAAGACCAACAGGAAGUUUCCGGCCUGCUGAAAUCGAUUAAGGAAGCCGACUGGACCAACUGCUUUCAGCAUGAGAUCUUCAAAAGCAUCACAGCUGGAAAAACUUCAACCGCCGAUCGCUACGAACUACUCCAAGCGGCCAUUUCUGCUCUAUUCGUCUUUGUUCAAAAUAAUUUCCUAGGCCCAAAAACGACCCUCACCGAUGUGGUAACAUUUUCCGAGGAACUCAAUGUAAGGAACCUGCUCAAAUCGGACGGUGAAGAAUUGAAUGUGAAUACAAAUGCUCCAGAGCUGUUGUACAUUUGUAAACUUGUAUUCGAGCAACUGAUACCAGCGUGUGGAGAGCAGUAUGUCACCUUUGACGAGCGAUUAUGGUACCUUCGAUAUCUGGUUGUCUACCAGCGUUGUUUGGAUGAUCUCGUUCAUAGCCUUUACUCGAGAUUUGACCAAAACGUUGAACACCUAGCAAAAGCUAUGGAAUCUGAUGAAGACGUCAGUUUACAGCUGCAAACCCACAUCGAGAUCCUACAGGGGUACGUUCUAUUCAAACGUAUUACCAAAGCGGAACAUUGGAUAACGACUCUUCAAAGCUUGGCUGGCGUUGAAAUAUCCGUUGAAGGAGUCCUUGGAGUGAGAACAAAGUACCAACAAAAUCCUUUGCCGCAGCUAAUCCUAAGGGCCAAGGGUUUGGAAACGUUAGGUUUACCGGGAUCGAAGGAAACGCAUGGUCACGUAACUCUACCGACAAUCCUGAAAUUAGAUGACGACGUGCGUUUGGAAAAGGUCAAGUUCACGAGUGAGCAGGAAAACGUUGACGCUCAGCUUCCUAGCUUGGUACAAGAGAUGGUACUUUCCAAAAUAUUCUAUUUGAAAUACUCGCAACCUAAAGAUAAACUGGCUGACGAGGAACUCAAACCGUAUAUAACGUCCUUGCUAUACCAGGAUCAUGGUCCAUGGGCUACCCGAGUUGCAGCUUUGUAUCUCAACAUUCUACUGGAAGCGAACCACAAACGCACCGUCGAUCGAUCAAUGAAGCAAUGCGAAGAGCUAGUCCACCUGCUGGAUUCCGACUCUGUUCCCGUUUCGCAUCGUCUGUCGUUUGCCUUCUGCUCCGCCCUCAUUCCGCGUUGGCAAAUUAAGGCCAAGCUGGGCGACUUGAUGGUGAGCUUGGGUAUCAUCAAAGGCGCUUUAGAUUUGUAUCUUGAGCUGCAACUCUGGGAAGAUGUUAUCUCCUGCUACAACCAUCUCGAACUGAGACAUAAAGCUGCUGAAAUCAUUCAUCAGGAAAUCAACAAAAAUCCCACCGUCACCCUGUACUGUCUACUGGGAGAUGCAACGGACGACAUCCAAUGUUAUCAAAAAGCAUGGGAACUAUCCGGAGAAACUAGUGCCCGAGCGCAACGGCAUUGGGGUAAUUUUUACUUCGCGAGAAAGCAAUACCAGGAAGCAAUUACACAUCUGAAGAGAUCGGUGGAAAUCAAUUGCCUCCAGGAGGCCACUCUGUUGCGGUUGGGCUACGCCGCUAUUCAGCUGGAACAAUGGGAGGAAGCUGCGAAAGCUUAUCGACUCUAUACCACUCUGGAGGCGCAUGGUUUCGAACCGUGGAAUAAUCUCGCCAUGGCUUACAUCAAACUAGGCGACAAAAAGCGAGCGCAUAAAGUUCUGCAAGAAGCUCUCAAGUGUAACUUCAAUAACUGGAAGGUAUGGGACAAUUUCCUCGCCGUCAGCAUCGAUACGAAAAACUACGAGGACGCAUUGAACGCCUACGAGCGGAUGCUGGAGCUGAAGGAAAAAUUCUACGAUCAAGAAGUUCUAGAAAUACUCACCAAAGUCAUCUCGGAAGACGCUCCGGAUGCCAAUGGAAACUCAACGCAACGCUUGACGAAAAAGAUUCUUAAGCUUCUUGGGCACGCAUGUGCCAAAACUGCCAACAAUGGUCUACUGUACGAGUUAUCUUCGCAAUUGGAAACUAAAGAUCCACUGAAGAAAGCUCAAAAAUUGCAAAAUGCUUACCGAGGGUACACCCAAACGAACAGUCAAUGGUCAAAAAAUCCUGACAAUUGCGAAAGGAUCCUCAAGCUAUGCGUAGCACUUUGCGAAAGUAGUUUGCAAGCGUUCCUCGAUGGGAAGGAUGAUGCCGGGAGGCUACCUUCCGUAAAAUCGCAACUUUCCUCGGCACGCUUAACGGGUCAAGGAUGCGUACGGGCGGCUGGCAAUGAAAAUUGGGAACAAAAUGCUGCCCUCGUCGAACAGUUGUCGGAAAUAGUACAGAAACUAACUACCGAGCUGACGAACGCUAUGAAUCAAUAAAAUGUUUUACUCCCU